UGGCAGCUUCUCAAUGGACCAACUUAGAUAAGGGAAGGAUUUAUUUGGAUUUCGUUAAUUUCUCCUCUUAAUCCUUUCUUACUUUUCUCAUGUGAUGAUUUUGUAACACUAAUAUUAUUAGGAACAGACCUCUCUCUCUCACUUUCAUGAAAACUGAUAAUGGAGUUCUCCAAUACUACUAGCCCAAUCCCAUAGAGAGACACCAACACACACUGUGAUUUCAUCAGUUCAGUGUGUAUAAACAUGGCUGUGGUUUCCAUAUGCUACAAAAUGCCUCACAGAAACCAAACUCAACACAUUCAAAAUCUAAUGAGACACAACGAGAGAGGCAUGAUGAUAACAUGUGAUAGUGUGAAACUUUUCUCUGUAUACAUCUACAAGAAGUGGAGCUCUUCCUCCAACAUAAAAGGACCGAUUCUUUUGCAGACAAGGAGUGAUUUCCAACACAAUCUAAGAUCGAUUUCGGAAACCAAAUCUCAUGUGGGAAUCUUUUGUGCUAAUCAGAAACAACUGAGAUCAUUGUCUUCUUACUUUGGAAAACUCCAAGAUGCUAAUAAACUCAAGUUACUCAACCCUGCAGAGUCUUCCAACAAACCACAAUUGUGCUCAAACAAAAAGUUGGAUAUUCUAGGUGCUUAUCUUGACAAGCUUGAUAAAGAUGAAAGCUCUGCUGACAAGGAUUGUUCAACAGCUGCUGAGCCAACACUGUCUUCUUUCGAAUGUCAGCAUACAAUCAAAGAAGACUAUGAAAGGAAAGAAGAUAUGAAAAUGAGGACUUACAUGAACAAAGGAACUAGAAUUGGUUCCCAUGGUCCAAAGGAGUCUCAAAGGCUACAACAAGAUGAUGAUGAUGAUGAUGAAGAUGAACCCUCUAAUCUGUACUUAAUAAGUACAUUGGCUUCCAUAAACAUUGCAGUUGUUCUGUUUGAAAUUGCAAGUCCAAUUAGGAGCUCUGACAUGGAAUUGUCUUCUCUGCCAUUACUAUAUGGAGCUAAAGUGAAUCAUUUAAUCCUUGUUGGAGAAUGGUGGAGGCUUAUUACCCCAAUGUUUCUGAACUGUGGUGUUUUUGACAUUGGUCUUGGUUGUUGGGCACUUUUUACAUUUGGGCCUAAAGUCUGCAGAGGUUAUGGGUCGUUUACAUUUCUGUUGAUUUACAUCCUUGGUGGAAUCUCUGGCAAUUUGAUUAGCUUUCUUCAUACACCAAAACCAACUAUUGGUGGCACAGCACCAAUAUAUGCCAUAAUUGGAGCUUGGAUGGUUUAUCAGAUCCAAAACAAAGAUGUCAUUUCCAAACAAGUUUCAGAAAACUUGUUCCAAAAGGCAAUCAUCAUCACAGGUCUGGGCUUCAUAUUAAGCCAUUUUGUUCCAAUUGAUGAAUGGGCACAUUUUGGAGCAGCGUUUAGUGGUGUAGCGUAUGGAUUUGUUGCAUGUCCAACACUUGAACUAGAUGAUAUUACAGCUUCUGCUUCAAGUAGUAGUGGACAAGAAAAAGGAAUAGCUCUUGUGAAACGACAAUCUGAUCCUUGGAAAUCCCUCUUGUGGUUUAGUCUCUUCAUUGUCGUUUUAACCUCUUUACUCUUCUUGGUCCAACCUCCUCUCAAUGAUAUGGUUUUGGACAACUACUUCAUAUAGAUAACAGGUGUAGGUGAGAUGUGAGAGCUUACGUACGUAAUGCCCUAUUGUAAAAUAAUUAUUAAUUAAUAUAUAAAGGUCUUUUGGUUCGUUUUUGACAA